UCGUCACUCGUAGCCUUCUCGAAGUUCCACAUCAUUUUUUGGGGAAGAAUCAGUUCCGUGAAUCGAUGCCGCUCGAAAUCUCGGACGCUACCCUCUCCGAUUUCGAUCGAGUUUUCGAGGGAUUCCAGGGUGCGAAAACCUCCCAACCGGCGCUCAAGUUUCUACUCUUCUUGGCCGACAAAGACCCAUCGACCAAGCUUAGCUGGUGCCCUGAUUGCAAUGUUGCCGAGCCCGUAAUAUACAAAAAGCUGGAAGCAUCAAGCAGCAAUGUGGGACUUCUGAGAGCAUAUGUUGGAGAUAGAUCUACAUGGAGAAACCCUAGUCAUCCAUGGAGGGUGGACCCUCGAUUCAAGCUCAAGGGCGUGCCCACGCUCAUUCGCUGGGAGAAGGAUGCAAUAGCUGGACGCCUGGAGGAUUAUGAGGCUCAUGUUGAGGCGAAGAUUGACUCCCUUUUGGCUAGCAAAUGAACUCUGUAAUAGAUGUUGCGAGUGUAACACCCAAACUAUCCUUCUGAAUAACGUAGCAUUCACCCUGGAGAAGGGGAGUGUUGCAAAACUAUUUUAAUUUUCUUAUUUUGUUAAUCAGACUUUGAUCAUGUUCGGUAUGAAUUGGAGGUUUUUCUAUUCCCUUUCA